AUGCCAGCCAGCGUUCCUGCCAGCCAGUCAGCCAGCCAGGCAGUGUGCCUGACAGCCAACCUGCGUUCCUGCCAGCCAGCCUGCGUUCCUGCUAGCCAGCCUGUGUUCCUGCGAACCACCAAGCAUUGCUGCCAGUUAGAAACCUGCAUUGCUGCCAGCAAGCCCGUGUUCCUGACAGGCACACAAAUUUCCUGCCAGCUAGCGUUCCUGCCAGCCAGCCAUCGUUCCUGCCAGGCAGCGUUCCUGUCAGCCAGCGUUCCUGCCAGUCGGCCAGCCAGCCACCCACUGGUCCUGCCAGCCAGCCGGUGGUCCAGCCAGACUUCCUCUGUUCCUACCAGCCAGCCUGCGUUCCAUCCAGCCAGAGGUCGUUCUUGUCAGCCUGUGUUCCUGCCAGCCAGCCAGCCAGCCAGCCUGUGUACCUGCCAGCCAGAUGUGUUCCUGCCAGUCAGCCAGCGUUCCUGCCAGCCAGCCCGCCAACCAGCCAGUGUUCCUGCCAGCCAGCCUGCGUUCCUGCCAGCCAGCCUGCGUUCCUGCCAGCCACCCUGUGUUCCUGCCAGCCAGCCUGCGUUCCUGCCAGCCAGCCUGUGUUCCUGCCAGUCAGAUAGCUUUCCUGCCAGCCAGCCUUCCUGCCUGCCUGCCAGCCAGUGUUCCUGCCAGCCAGUCCCCGUUCCUGCCAGCCAGUCGGCGUUCCAGGACAGCCAGCCUGUGUUCCUGCCAGCCAGCCAGCCAGCUAGCAAGUAUUCCUACCAGACAGCCUGUGUUCCUGCCAGCCAGCCUGUGUUCUGGCCAGCCUGCCAGUGUUCCUGCCAGCCAGCCUGUGAUCCUGCCAGAAAGCCUGUGUUCCUGCCAGACAGCCUGAGUUCCUGCCAGCCUGCCUCUUUUCCUGACGGCCAGCCAGCAUUCCUACCAGACAGCCUACCUGCCAGCCAGCCAGCCAGCCAGUGUCCAUGCGAGCCUUCCUGCUUUCCUGCCAGUCAGCCAGCGUUCCUGCCAGCCAGCCCGCCAACCAGCCAGUGUUCCUGCCAGCCAGCCUGCGUUCCUGCCAGCCAGCCUGCGUUCCUGCCAACCAGCCUGUGUUCCUGCCAGCCAUCCAGCGUCCCCGCUAACCUUCGUUCAUGCCAGCCAGCCAGCAAGAAUUACUGCGAGACAGCAUGUGUUGCUGCCAGACAGCUUGUGUUCCUGCCAGCCAUCCAGCGUUCGUGCCAGCCAGCGUUCCUGCCAGCCAGCGUUCCUGCCAGCCAGCCAGCCAGUGUUCCUGCCAGCCACCCUGCGUUCCUGUUAGCCAGCCUGAGUUCCUUCCAGCCAGCAUGUGAUCCUGCCAGCCUGCCUGUGUUCCUGCCAGCCAGCCAGCGCUCCUGCCAGCCAGCCAGCGUUCCUGCCAGCCAGCCCAGCCCGUGGUCCUACAAACCAGCCUGCAUUCCAGCCAGCCAGCCUGUGUUCCUGCCAGGCAGACAAAUUUCCUGCCAGCCAGCGCUCCUGCCACCCAGCCAUCGUUCCUGCCAGGCAGCGUUCCUGUCAGCCAGCGUUCCUAGCAGCAGGCCAGCCAGCCACCCACAGGUCCUGCCAGCCAGCCUGUGGUCCAGCCAGCCUGCGUGCGUUCCAUCCAGCCAGAGAGCGUUCUUGCCAGCCGGUGUUCCUGCCAGCCAGCCAGCCAGCCAGCCUGUGUUCCUGCCAGUCAGAUGUGUUCCUGCUAGUCAGCCAGCUUUCCUGCCAACCAGCCAGUCAUCCUGCCAGCCAGUCCGCGUUCCUGCCAGCCAGUCUGCGGCAGCCUGUGUUCCAGCCAGCCAGCCUGCAUUCCUACCAGCCAGCCUGCGUUCCUGCCAGCCAGCCUGUGUUCCUGCCAGGCAGCCUCCGUUCCCUCGAGCCAGCCUGUGUUCGUGCCUGCCAGCCAGCAUUCCUGCCAGCCAGCGUUCCUGCCAGCCAGCCAGUCAAUCAGCCAGUGCUCCUGCCAGCCACCCUGCGUUCCUCAAAGCCAAACUGAGUUCCUCCCAGCCGGCCUGCAUUCCUGCCAGCCAGACUAUGUUACUGCCAGCCAGCCAGCGCUCCUGCCUGCCAGCCAGUGUUCCUGCCAGCCAGCGUUCCUGCCAGCCUGCCAGCGAGUCACCCAGUGUUCCUGCCAGCCAGCCCGUGUUCCUACAAACCAGCCUGCAUUCCUGCCAGCCAGCCUGUGUUCCUGCCAGCCAGCCUGUGUUCCUGCCAGAUAGCCAGCGCUCCUGCCAGCCAGCCAGCGUACUUGCAAGCCAGCGUUCCUGCCAGCCAGCCAGCCAUCCAGUCAGUGUUCCUGGAAGCCAGUCUGUGCUCCUACAAGGCCAGGCUGCCAUCCUUCCAUCUAGCAUUUGUUCCUGGCAGCCAGCCAGCGUCCCUCCCAACCUGCAUUCAUGCCACCCAGCCGGCCAGCCAGCAAGUAUUCCGGCCAUCCAGCCUGUGUUCCUGCCAGCCAGCCAGCGUUCCUGCCAGCCAGCGUUCCUGCCAGCGAGCCAUCGUCCCUGCCAACCUGCGUUCAUGCCACCCAGCCAGCCAGCUAGCAAGUAUUCCUACCAGACAGCCUGUCUUCCUGACAGCCAGCCUGUGUUCCGGCCAGCCUGCCUGCGUUCCUACCAACCUGCCAGUGUUCCUGCCAGCCAGCCUGUGAUCCUGCCAGCCAGCCUGUGUUCCUGCCAGGCAGCCUGUGUUCCUGCCAGCCAUCCAGCGUCCCCGCUAAACUUCGUUCAUGCCAGCCAGCCAGCAAGAAUUCCUGCCAGACAGCAUGUGUUGCUGCCAGACAGCUUGUGUUCCUGCCAGCCAUCCAGCGUUCGUGCCAGCCAGCGUUCCUGCCAGCCAGCGUUGCUGCCAGCCAGCCAGCCAGCCAGCCAGUGUUCCUGCCAGCCACCCUGCGUUCCUGUUAGCCAGCCUGAGUUCCUCCCAGCCAGCCUGUGA